GACCCACCAGCGAUCACUAUCAGUCUCCUUAAGAAUGAGGACCUUCCUGAGAAGUCGGUACUUUGGAAUAAUGUCCAACUCCCAACUGACAUCUUGUUACUAACGGUAGAGGACUGUGAGUUUCUAGGCUGCCUUUCGUGUCUGAAUUCCAGUCUCUGUAAAAGUUACCACAAAGACAUUGGCUUCGUUUACUUCGGGGACAUUGGAGAAGGUCAAAUAAAGCUACGAACUGCUGUAAUGAAGUGCCAAAGGGGCUCAGUCACUGCUGGAGGCUCUGCAGUUUCUGUAUUGGCGGCUGUCAGAGUCUUGAGGCCCAAAGCCGUGUUUCUAGUGGGCGUCUGCUAUAGCCUGAAAACCAUUGAAGUAAAACUGGGCGACGUGGUUAUUUCAGAGAAGUUAAUAACCUGUGUUCCAUCCAGUGAGCAGUUCGGAGACCAAGUUCCUUUGAAAUCCCUUCCUUUAAGGAUGAUCCCUAAUGCUGGCGAUGGUUGGAAAGCGCCUUUGAAGGAUCCCAGAGCACUUGAAGUGAAAAUACAUCGUGGUGAUUUUCUGAGUGUUCCAGGGGAGAUUGAUAACAAUGAAUGCUGCGAGACGCUCAUCAAGCGAUUUCCACAAGCAGUUGCUAUGGAAUUAGAAGGGCAAGGUAAGCAUACAGUCACACCAAAUAUCACAUAG